CUCCAGCCUCCACCCCGCUACCAAGAAGCAGCAGGAAUGACCGACAAUAUCCCCCUACAACCCGUGAGACGACCGAAAAGACAAGACAGUAAACACAAAAAUGGGUGUUGCCCGUGGUCAAGAUGCUGUGGCAUGGGUGACUUCCGUCCCCGCACCGUGUGGCUCGGCCACCCAGAAAAGAGGGAGCAGAGGUACCCAAGGAAUGUCAUUAACAACCAGAAGUACAACUUCUUCACCUUCCUGCCUGGGGUGCUGUACAAUCAGUUCAAGUACUUCUACAACUUAUACUUCUUGCUUUUGGCCUGCUCUCAGUUUAUCAAUGAGCUACGCUUAGGGGCGCUCUACACCUACUGGGUCCCCCUGGGUUUUGUUUUGGCCAUUACCAUCAUAAGAGAGGCAGUUGAAGAAAUAAGAUGCAUCAUUCGAGACAAAGAAGUAAACUCUCAGAUUUACAGCAAGCUUUCAACAAGAGGCACUGUGAAGGUCAAAAGCAGCGGUAUUCAAGUUGGAGAUCUUAUAAUCGUGGAAAAGAACCAGCGUGUUCCUGCUGACAUGAUCUUUUUAAGGACCUCUGAAAGAAAUGGCUCCUGUUUCCUGCGGACUGACCAGCUGGAUGGAGAGACAGACUGGAAACUACGCCUCCCAGUGGCCUGCACGCAGAGACUGCCAACUGCUGCUGACCUUCUACAAAUAAGAUCAUACGUGUAUGCAGAAGAACCAAACCUUGAUAUCCAUAACUUUAUUGGAACUUUUACCAGGGAAGAUGGAGAUCCCCCAGUCAACGAAAGUCUCAGCAUUGAGAACACCCUGUGGGCCAGCACCGUUGUUGCCUCUGGCACAGUGGUGGGGGUUGUGAUUUACACAGGCAAGGAGCUGCGCAGUGUCAUGAACACCUCCAACCCAAGACACAAGGUGGGUUUGUUUGACUUGGAAGUGAACUGUUUGACUAAGAUCCUGUUUGGCGCCCUUGUGGUCGUGUCAGUGGUCAUGGUGGCCCUCCAGCACUUUGCUGGCCGUUGGUACCUCCAGAUUUUUCGCUUCCUGCUGCUCUUCUCCAGCAUUGUGCCCAUUAGUUUGCGUGUCAAUCUGGACAUGGGAAAGAUGGUCUUCUGUUGGAUGAUUAAGAAAGACUCCAAGAUCCCUGGGACGAUGGUGAGAUCUAGCACCAUACCUGAACAGCUUGGACGAAUCUCCUACCUGCUGACUGACAAAACAGGAACUCUUACUCAAAAUGAAAUGGUGUUCAGGCGUCUCCAUCUUGGAACUGUGGCAUAUGGGAUGGACUCAAUGGAUGAAGUACAGAGCCAUGUGUUCAGCGCCUACACACAGCCCAGCCAUGACCUUCCAACCUCGAGGGCUCCAGUUGCCACGAAGGUUCGCAAGACCAUCAGCAGUAGAGUCCAUGAGGCUGUAAAGGCCAUCGCCCUGGUGCACAACGUGACACCAGUAUACGAGGCCAACGGUGUGACGGACCAGGCCGAGGCUGAGCAGCAUUAUGAAGACACCUGCAGAGUGUACCAGGCUUCCAGCCCAGAUGAGGUGUCGCUGGUGCAGUGGACUGAGAGUGUUGGUCUGACACUGGUGGGAAGAGACCAGUCCUCCAUGCAGCUGCGGACCCCUACUGGCCAAAUACUGAACUUCACCAUCCUGCAGAUAUUUCCCUUCACCUACGAGAGCAAGAGGAUGGGCAUCAUUGUGCGAGAUGAAUCUACAGGAGAGAUAACUUUCUACAUGAAGGGUGCUGACGUGGUGAUGGCAGGCAUCGUCCAAUAUAACGACUGGCUGGAAGAGGAGUGCGGGAACAUGGCGAGGGAAGGCCUGAGGGUCCUUGUGGUGUCAAAGAAGUCCCUGACAGAGGAGCAGUAUCAAGAUUUUGAAGCACGGUACGUCCAGGCCAAGCUCAGUGUCCAUGACCGCUCUCUGAAGGUGGCCACAGUGAUUGAGAGUCUGGAGAUGGAGAUGGAGCUGCUGUGCCUCACAGGAGUAGAGGACCAGCUCCAGACUGAUGUGAGGCCCACCCUGGAGAUCCUCCGCAACGCAGGCAUCAAGGUUUGGAUGCUGACAGGAGACAAGCUUGAAACGGCCACAUGUACCGCAAAAAACGCCCAUCUGAUCACCCGAAACCAGGACAUCCAUAUCUUCAGACCGGUGACAACACGAGGGGAAGCCCACCUGGAGCUCAACGCUUUCAGGAGAAAACACGACUGCGCGCUGGUGAUAUCGGGGGACUCGCUUGAGGUUUGUCUGAAAUACUACGAGUAUGAGUUCAUGGAACUUGCGUGUCAGUGUCCCGCUGUGGUUUGCUGCCGGUGUACCCCCACUCAGAAGGCUCAGAUAGUCCGACUGCUGCAGGAGCGCACAGGAAAACUCACCUGUGCUGUCGGGGACGGAGGAAACGAUGUCAGCAUGAUCCAGGAAGCCGACUGUGGCGUGGGAGUGGAGGGAAAAGAAGGAAAGCAGGCUGCGCUGGCUGCCGACUUCUCUGUGACUCAGUUCAAACAUUUAGGCCGUCUCCUCAUGGUCCACGGUCGGAACAGCUACAAACGGUCUGCAGCCCUCAGCCAGUUCGUCAUCCACAGGAGCCUGUGCAUCAGCACCAUGCAGGCGGUCUUCUCCUCCGUUUUCUACUUUGCUUCCAUACAACUCUACCAAGGAUUCUUGACUAUUGGCUACUCUACUAUCUACACCAUGUUCCCCGUCUUCUCCCUGGUGUUGGACAAAGAUGUUAAGUCAGAGGUUGCCAUGCUGUACCCAGAAUUAUACAAAGAUCUCUUGAAGGGCCGACCACUAUCUUUCAAGACAUUUCUAAUAUGGGUCCUAAUAAGCAUCUAUCAAGGGAGCAUCAUCAUGUAUGGAGCAAUGCUGCUCUUCGAGUCAGAGUUCGUCCAUAUUGUCGCCAUUUCCUUCACCUCUCUCAUCCUGACGGAGCUGCUGAUGGUGGCCCUGACCAUUCAGACAUGGCACUGGCUCAUGAUUGUCGGCGAGCUCCUGAGCUUGUCCUGCUACAUCGCCUCGCUCGUCUUCCUGCACGAGUUCAUAGAUGUUUACUUCAUCACCACACUAUCGUUCCUGUGGAAGGUGAUCGUCAUCACGUUGGUGAGCUGUCUGCCUCUUUACAUCCUCAAGUACCUACGCAAACGCUUCUCCCCACCCAACUACUCCAAGCUGACCUCCUAAAGACUGAGAUGAGCCUCCGGCCCCCAUUUACUGCAGGAGAUCAGAGAGGCAUCGCUCUUCAUCCAGCUGAGAAUCAGACAUGGAAUCAUCCCCUUUAAUUUGUUCAUGGACAGUUUUGUCAGGGACAGGCCGUUUACUGAGAGUUUGUGUUAAAAAAGCACUGUUACUUGUUACACGUGUUUGAUGCAAAGACUAACUGAUGGUUUCUCUUAUGUGGAGAACAUCUGCAGUGAAUUGUAGGUUGAGUUAAUCAAUCUAUUUAUGAUCAGCUGUCAGAAUAAUGAACAUCAAAGUGUCCUGAACAGAUAUGUGAAUAUGUAAUGUAAAAACAAGCAGCUAUAAAUUAAGGCACAUAAUCAGUUCAGUAAAUUAUGCAGAUCCAGUUUGUCUUAUAAUAUCAGAAAUCAUAUCAAGGAAAGUAACUGGAAAAGUUGGAUGUCUGUGGAUUUGAGCUGGAAAACUAUUUUUCUCUCAUUUCCACUGUUUACAUCUGAAAUAAAAAUAAAGCCGUUUUUAUCGUUUGACACUAAAAUUGACGUAGCAUUCUCACUCAGGACUUGAUUCACGCUCUCCUUACACAGUAAUCUCUAAAUGGAGUUUGAGAAUUAUAUGGUAAAAAAAAAAAAGUUUACUGGCUAGACUUUGCAUAAAAAACACGUCUGCAAGUUUGUGUUUUUGUUUAUGCGUCACCGCGAUGCUACAGCCCGACACGACGGAGGUGGUGCGGUUGGGGUUUUUUUUAGCAUGACCCAUGAUGUCUGAUGUUAAAUCUGUCUCUGUCUCUUUGUAUGGACCCUGAGUUGUUAGUGUUUGUGGAGCGUGGUCAAAACAGCCACAAAGGAGUGUUGGUUAUUUGCAGCCGAAAACCUUCCGCCGGGGCUCCUGAUGGGCUGUGCGUCCGCAGGGGGAAUGUGCAGCCUCUCAUGUGGCCGCUCUGCCAGCCAGCACCGGCCACGCUUCAGCAUUGCAUGAUGACUCACUGUAACAGUGACCUAAAGCCAUAACUGAAAAUACCCCAGUGUCCGGCAUCCAGCUGCCCCCUUUUUCAUGCCGUCUAAUCCAGGGCCCCCUCACUUCUCACUUCUACUAACCUCCACAGUUCAGCUGUGAAAGAAAAGGGAUCAAAUCUUUCCACAGUUAAAUACAAUGUGAAUAUUGUCAAUAAGUAUUACUACUGCACAUUGAGAGAGAAAAAAAACAUGGUACUACACUCAUCAUAUUUCAUAGCACUGGUGGUGUGAUGGAAGGGAUCCUGUAAAUAAACAGCAACUAACAAAAUAACAUGACUUCACAGUCACUUCUUUUAAAUUACUUCAAAAAAGUGUUUUAAUUUUGUUGUAAAAGGGGAAAAAAGUCGAAGAAUCUUAAUGUGUCAAACCGAGCGUCCAGGGUGCCAAAAGUAAUCAUUUAAAAUGUUAAUCUUCACAGAGUUCAGUUAAGCUGUUUGCACAUCAUUUUGUUUUGUACAACUGAUUAUUAUAUUUUUAUGUUGCAAUAAUAUUGCAAAAUCAUGCUAAAAUGAUUUAGUUGCUUGUAAAUAACCAGUUUUUUUCUUAUUUAUUAACAUGUUUUAUUUAACGGUGUUGAUUGCACUCAAAUGAGUUGAACAAAAAGGGAGAAGUGUAUUGAUGUCAAUGUUGUGAUGAUGAUUAAUAAAUCUUGUUUUCUUUU